AAGAUAGUUCUCCGUGACGUCUUGAAUUAUGGUUUAGUCGACUAUGUGGUUUCUUGUGAUAUUGUUUUUGAAAUUUGGAUAAGGGAUCGUCAUUGUGCAUCACAAUAUUAUGAAAAUGGUGCAGAAAGAAAUUAAUUCGACAGGAAAUCUGAAAUUGCGCAUGCGCCGUGUUGCUACAAAGUUGUUGUAGUAACAAGGAAGAUUAGCAGCGAUCUGUCAUCAACUCUCCCUGCACAACUGCGCUAGUUAGCAUUGAGCGGCCGACCUGAAAUCAAGGAGGGAGCUACAAUCACAGGCACAUGAUCCCAGCAGGAUUUGAAUUCUAUCUCUGUGGAGAUGCCAGCUGUUGCUCGGGAUAAGGAGGACUCUGAUUCCUCCACUGAGGAUGAACAUGAAGACCAUCCGUGCAUUGCCUGGACUGGCCUCAGCAGGAUGAUCCCAGUCUUCUUGUUUUUCCCGGAAGCCAUUGUUUCAAAGGAUGGUUCCAUCUACGCAGGCGGAGAGCGAUACAACAUGGCCUUCAAGAUUGUGCGAACAGAGAGUCGCCUGGUGCGGGGCAUCCUGACCAAUCAUGGUUUCCAUGAGGUUCAAUCUGAUAGCAAUGACUUUAACAUCAUGUGGACAGGAUCCCACCUGAAGCCUUACUUACUGCGAAACCUUCAAGAUUUCCAAAAGGUCAACCAUUUUCCAAGAUCUCACGAACUGACCCGCAAAGAUCGGCUUUAUAAAAACAUCCAACGAAUGCAGGAGGCUCACGGCUUCAAAAACUUCCACAUAGUUCCACAAACCUUCGUGCUUCCGUCGGAAUACCAGGAAUUCUGCAGUUGUUUUGCCAAAGACAGGGGCCCGUGGAUCAUUAAACCAGUUGCAUCUUCAAGAGGACGAGGCAUCUACUUAGUCAGCAAUCCAAAUCAGAUUUCAGUGGAUGAGAACAUUUUGGUGUCCCGCUAUAUUCCUAACCCUCUGCUGAUAGAUGAAUUCAAAUUUGACGUUCGCUUGUAUGUGUUGGUCACGUCUUAUGAUCCACUUCUCAUCUAUGUGUAUGAGGAAGGCCUUGCCAGAUUUGCCACCGUCAAGUAUGACAGGACCGCAAAGAAUAUCAAGAACACCUUCAUGCAUCUCACCAACUACAGCGUGAACAAAAAAAGCAGCGACUACGUCAGUUGUGAUGACCCCGAAGUUGAGGACUACGGGAACAAGUGGAGUAUGAGUGCGGUGUUGCGCUACUUGAGGGAAGAGGGAAAGGACACCAGACUGUUAAUGAGACAGAUCGAGGAUGUGAUCAUCAAAGCUGUGCUCAGUGCUCAGAUGCAGAUCGCCAUGGCCUGCAAGACUUUCGUUCCCCACCAGACCAACUGCUUUGAACUUUAUGGAUUUGACGUGCUCAUCGACUCCGAUCUAAAACCCUGGUUGUUGGAGGUGAACCUUUCGCCAUCUUUGGCCUGCGAUGCCCCCUUGGAUUUGAAGAUAAAGGCCAGCAUGAUUGCAGACAUGCUUUCACUUGUGGGUUUGGUGUGUCACAACCCCCUGAUGAGGAAGCCGCGCUCGGAGCGAGUCGUCCUGGAGCCCAGUCUCAAGCAGUCAGCCCAAAGAACACAGUGGCAGAGGCCCCCAGUCGUCACUCCCAGUGAACCAGUGGAUUUUAAAAACAAACCAGAAGGAGACAGCAUUCUGGACUUGACUGCUGAGCAGAUCAAAGUGUUGAGGAGGACAAGGGAGGAGUAUGAAAGGAGAGGAGGCUUCAUUCGAAUAUUCCCCACUGAAGACACAUGGGCGCUCUACGGUGGAUAUCUGGAGUGCAAGACAUCAUUGAACUCAAUGUUGGCAAACAGACUUUUCCAUGGAAGGAAUGCGCACGGGAAUGCGCAGCUGCAGAUGGACACACUUGACGACUACCACGCCGUCCAGUACGAGAGGAAGCUGCCGUCUCUGGAGGCUCGUAAGCGGAGACGGCACCACCUGAGUCAUCGCUCUGCCGCUGGAAAGAAGAAAUGGGGGAAGGAAUCCAAGGCCUCCGCGAUGGAGAGCAGUAGCCCGGAGGGAGAGGACUGCGUACGGGAGGAAAGAGAAGAGAUGAAACGUGUGCUCAAGCCAGUCUCACACAAAGUUUUGGUAGCAGAGCAAAGAAAACAAGUGGCUUCACCAGCGCGGAGCUCUCACAGCGACGCUCGGUCCAGCUCGCAGGCAUCAACACGCAACAGCGGGCCCCAUGUCAAACUGCUUCACUUUCUCCAGCAGGGGUGGGACAUCAGUAAAGUGCAAGCCCGGAUGACAUUUUCAUCUUACCUACAGCGGGUUCAACAAAGACUUUUGGCAGAGAGCAGGGUCGAAGGCAUUCCGGCUUGGAAAGACAAGGACAAUGACCAAAUGGAGCUCGUAGUUCGCUUCCUGAGAAAAGCUGCCAGUAACUUCCAGCAAGACGUUAGGGUGGUUCUGCCCAGUCACCAGCUACCAGUCCAAGACCGCAGACGCAUCCUCUCCCAACAACUAGGAGAGUUUAUACAAUGUUACGAAAAGGAAACUGAGCACAUGAAAAAACAGCAGAACAGUACAGAGGAGAAGUGUGUUACCGCCAACGUGUUUCAUGACUACAUCACCACGGCGAGUGAAAGUGAUCUGGAGGAAGUACUGACGUUUUACACGCAGAAAAAUAAAUCAGCCACCGUCUUUCUCGGUACAAAAGUCAGGCGUGUUAAAAAAGCCUUUCAUGAAAUACAUGCCUCCGAAGACCCAGGCAACUGUGAGACUUCCAAAACUCUGCUUGUGUCCGAAAACGAUUCCAACUUGUCAGAAUCAACGCCCUCCGCAGGAAAAAUCAGCGUUGACAUAAACGGCAAGGCCAGCGAAAGUCAAGCCUCGCUUUGUUUGUCUGAAGGCCAGCUGACCGGAUUUGGACAUGCAAAAAUCCAUCCCAAACGCUGCUCGAACUUUCCCGUGACUUCAGACAUGGGCCAUAUUCAUCAACAGAGCUCCCCCAUCCCCUCUUCGUCCCGUCCUCGUUUUCCACCGCUGCCGCUUCCCCCUCAGCCUCCAUCCUAUGCUCAAUCCUUGGCAAAGUCUCAAUCCCGUCAAAGUGAUUCCCUCAGCGACUCUCCUGUUUACACCCCUUCCCCUGUGUCAACGGGGCAACCAACUCAGGUUCUCUGGAGGAUCCCAUCAUCUACAGCGGUUCCGUCUAGCUCCAGAUCAUUUUCGUCCAUCACCGGUGCGGUACACGUAUAUAACCAGAAACUCUCUCGACCAACAUCUGCAGGAAAAGUGUCAAAAACGUCCAGUUCCAGUAAGUCAAACUCGGAGGGAGGCUUCAGGGAGUUGGACUCUCUUACCGCCCAGGCCCGGUCCAACCAGCAGGCUUUCAUCUCAGCCCUCCAGAAGCUGGCCGACAAACAGGUCACUUGCAGCACUGCCGGCUCCAGUCACAUCAACCUUCUGACGCGACAUUUGACCAGGCUAAACCUGGCGAGCCGGAUGUUGAACGGGGAGAGCGCCAAGAUCCCGGCCUCGUCUGUCAACAACCAAGGAUCCGUUGGUCUGGACCACUCCUCAACUGAUCCUCUUAGAAACAAGACCUAUCACGGUCAGAUGAAUGGUGGAGAGGCUUCCAGUGACAGGCAGAGUCACAGCAGCUUCAGCUCCAUGAUGGUGACAAAUCCUGAGCGGGGUUGCCAUCCUGUGAGAAAAAAGAAUCCGUUUGCCACACAGCAACUGCAGUCUCAAAGAGUUCCACCCCGACUAUUCUUGGAGCAGAGCCAUUGUGGACAGCAGGAUCAACAUUCAGACGAAACAAGCACUCCCCACGCUAAGGUUCCCACAAAGACUUCCAGCUUUCCGGGACCACCCCAUCACAGUCACAUCAAGACCCGCGAUCGUCCCGAUCUCUCCCCAAAGCCACCCAGCGAGGCCCGAGAGGGCCCGAUCAGGAAACCGGCAACAGCACGCCUCGUCAAGCAGCCGUCCAAUCAGAUGUUGCCAUAUGGAGGCUUGACCAACGGGCAGCAUUUGGUCUACGAAGCCAUCUCUGCUAAAUCAGGACUUUCGGUGUACCGCAAAAUUCUGCAGGCCCAGGAACCCAGAUGACACCAAGGUGACCAGAGGCGCAUCCUGCCACUAUGCUGGCCUGACAGGUGUCUCUGCAUGUAACCACACUGGAGUAUUCUGGGAAAGAACAACAGCAAAAAGUGCGCCGGGGUCUUAUGACUGUCCGUCGUGCUGCCGCAGACGUGGCAUAUCGGAAUUCCCAGCUUUGACGCAGGUUGGGAUUUGGUCGUGCAGCCUAAUAUCAGAUGGCCUUUUCCAGCCUGCGUUCACUCUCUUCGCCAACACUUUCCCUCCCUUCAUUCUCUCCGUGCUACCGAUGCCUCGGAAAGAUUUCACAGGCAGAUAGCUUUCAACAGAUGCUUCGCUGGCAUUUAGUAUGCAAGCACAUGAAGCCAGCCCUGCCUGCCACCACCAUCAACUGGAGACAUCCCGUGAAUGGUAAGCAUGCAGACAAGUUCCUGGCAGUAGAUACUGACUUCCCAGUCCAGGAUGAAAACAAACAGUUACCAAAUCCUUUCUGGCCAAAUGGAUGAGGUUAAUUAUAGCUACUGUUGCUGAAACUGACAAGUGGAUGUUUUUUAUGGAUGGACCUUGUUUGAUAUUUUAAGUAAAUUAUUGCUGUUAUAACUUUCCAAGUAUUGGGCCAUUGUUCCAGCAUCAAAGUUGAUUGUGCACAGGUAGCUCAGCAUCCUAAUGGAUGCAUGGAAAAGUAACUCAGGGCAUCUUGUUGAUAAAGCUGUAGAUUCAUUUAGCGUAAUGAAUUUUUGUGAUCACUUUAAAUUAUAAACUCGAGUUUUCAUUCUCAUAUGUUGCGUUUAGUUUGUACAGAUCGUGAUUGUCGGAUUAUCUUGGUACUUUUCAUUGCAUUGUUGUCACGUGAAACGUGUUUGUUUUUUUACGGUAAAGGUAUGCUUUAUUGCAAGAAAGGAAAUUGAAUGUGUAUGUUCUACUGCGCUACCACAGUUUUUAGACAAUCUGUUCAAUUUCUGACUGUUUACAACAAUCGUGCAUGGAUAUGUUAGCUGUUCUUUUCGGGAAUCUGUGAUGCUGUUAGUAGCAAAAGGAGACAGUAAAAUACAUGCCGAUCAUAUCAAAAUGUACACUUCAUGUAAAUAAAGUGGAAUUUGAUGA